GAGGCCCGCUCGCAGUCAACUCCAGUCCUCAGUCCCGGACAAACGCGCGCGUACGAUAUAGUUUAUUAAGCGCACAGCCGAGCCGGGAGUCUCCUCUCUCUCUCUACUUCGAUAGCAUCCGAUAACAGUCGGGCCGAGAGAUCGGUAGUAGCGCGCUCGGUCCCACCUAGACGGCACAUUGUCCCGUCGCCAUGCAGUCUGCCAUCUGUGCCCCGAGGGCUACGACAAGCCCCCACGGCCCUACCUGCGACCCCCUGGCCAUCACGAGUGCCCUUCACCCGUACAGCCUUGGAUGAUAUAUACAGUGCCUUUUUUCCAAGAGCCACCAGCCGCGUCUCCACGAAGGAAGGACUCGGUUCGACGCAUUGUUUGGGGGCAGUCCCUGUACAUAUAUAAUAGGACGUAAGAUGCCCGAGGAUGGGCGGGUGCAGGAGCGCGAGUGACAACGACGACGACGAGGACGGGGGCAGGUUGGAGUACGACCAGCUCGGGAAAUCAUCGUCGUCGUCGACGGGAUCGGGCAAGGCUUGCGAGCAGCGGGCCCUCGCGGAUUGGCGCAGCAUGGUGGAGUUGCACGCGGGGCCGCGCCGUGCUUCCUGCCACUCGGGCCGGCGUUCCAUAACGCGGGGUGUCGAGUACGCCCCGCGGCCCCGUCGGCUGUACUAUACGCUCCUCACGAUCCUCGAUGCCGUGUUCUCGGGUGCGCUGGCCGGGCCGGCAGUUGUCGGUUACUGGAGGGGCACGUGGGGCCUCAGCGGGUUCUACGUGUACCCGGGCGAGCCGGAGUUGAGCAGCCUCGCCUCGAUCCUCAUUGGGUUUUGCGGCCUGUUCGCCUUCAGUCUCGCGCAAACCGUCCUCGCCACCCUCCUCCACCCGGACCGGCACAGGCUGUGCUUUUACGUGGGCUCGCGGCUCUACACUGCCCUUUACGGCUUGUGCUGUGUGAACGCGUGGCGCGGCACCUGGCAGGCCCUCGACCUAUACACCGAGCACACCUUCGCCACCGUGUUCACGACCACGUGCGUCAGUCUGCUCGCCCUAGCCGUCAUGCGCACCCUCAGGAACAUAUCCGCGCCGCCGUUCGCUAUCAGCCUCGACACCUUUAACGGCUACUUUGACGUACCCACGCUCUUUCGGGUCGACAAUUCAAAGGAUUGGUCGCUGUACAUACUCGACUGCGCCUUCAGCGUCGGGGUCGUUGGUACCCUGGUCGUCUUCGUCUGGCGCGGCGCCUGGGUGCUCUUCGACCUCUACUUGUUUCCCGAAAAUCGCGAGCACUCGGCCGUUGGUUCGCUCGUAAUCGGCUACGUGAUAGUGGUGGUGUCGUUCACGCUGCAGCCGCUGAUGCGAUGCACGUGCUCGCGACUGACGGGCUUGGCGCGGCUCCUCGCCGCUGACGGUUACCUACUGGUGAGCUUCAUCGGCACCGUGAACGUGUGGCGCGGCAUCUGGAACGUCCUCGACCUCUACCUCCUGCCCGAGGAUCCGAAGCUGUCGUGCUGGAUCACCCACCUCGGCUGCUUCGUCUUUCUCAUGCUGCUCAACUGCAGCAACUCGGUACUCGUCCGAGGCGUUUACAUCGACGCCGAGGAGGAGGAGGCCGGCAAGUGCGUCGUCUUUCCCUGCCACUAUCUGCGACUGUUUUUCAAGGUCGAGCGCGAGAAGAAGGAGGUGCGCCGGCGGAACCUGAUCGUGGCCUCGCGGGACCUCGUCGGCAGCCGGGGCGACCCCAGCGACAAGGAGACCGAGAACGGCGCCCUGCUCAACGCCACCGCCAACCCCGUCAUACGGCCCGCCCAUCGCGUGCCCGAGUCCCUCGUCUGAACCACCCCCCUCGCACACGAGUUUCCCAACUCCCUGCGCCUUCCUAUACGGACCCGAAAAACAACUUUUUCCCAAACUUUUCUUCCUCCCUUUUUCAAGGUAAAUCCUUCUUUUUUUUUUUUUUCCUUCGAAACGAGCCGGUGGUAAAGGGGUCCUUUGGGGAAAUCGCGGUAAAACGUUUCGCUCGACUUCGAAGGAGGAGGAGAAAGAAAAACGGGGGAGCUUUCGCGUCAAAGCAGCGUUUUAAUUAUAUACUCUCCGGUCUGUUCACCGCCAGUAUAUCAGAUAUAUAUAUAUAUAUACAUGCAUAUGACUUUGCACGAGCAAAGGAACUGUUGUACAUUGAUUUCAAGAAAUUAAUUUGCGUGUGUAUCUAAUAUAAUAUGUAUAUGUACACAUAUCUACGUCAUUAUGAGUGUGUAUGCAGAUGUUUCAACGAGGAGAGAAAUGCAUCAGUGAAGCUAUAGAAAUACUUAAAGACGUAUGUAUAUAUAUAUAUGUAAUAGGAUGUAAUAUAGCGGAUACAAAGAUAUACAUAUAGUGCUUAUGCUGCUGCUUCUCAAAGUUACGGAGGAGGAAAUAAUAUUGCGGACCAAAUAUUUCGUAUGCGUGUACAUAAAACAUCACGAUGCGUAAAUUAUCUUAGCGUUUGCACGUGCAUUGUUGUUAUUUUUCAAAGGGGAAAAAAAAAAAAAAAAAAAAAAAAA